UUUCCCAGCAGCCCCCGCGGGAGAGACGUCAGGGGCGCCCUUCAGCGCUGAUUGAAGAUGGCGUCCGCUACUCGCUUCAUCCAGCGGCUGCGGAACUGGGCAUCCGGGCGAGACUUGCAGGCGAAGCUGCAGCUGCGCUACCAGGAGAUCUCCAGGCGAACUCAGCCUCCGCCCAAGCUCCCUGUGGGCCCCAGCCACAAGCUCUCCGGCAACUACUACUGCACUCGCGACGGCCGCCGGGAAGCUGUGCCGCCCUCGGUCGUCAUGUCCUCACAGAAGGUUCUGGUGUCCGGCAAGCCUGCAGAGAGCUCAGCCACUGCUGCCACUGAGAAGAAGGCCGUGUCGCCGGCUCCUCCCAUAAAGAGGUGGGAGCUGUCCAAGGACCAGCCUUACCUGUGACUGCCCCCGGGUCACCUGGCCAGGGCCUCAGGGCCCCCUGAGUGCUUCCCCUCCUUGUAUUCCCUCCGGGAGACCAGGACCUAAUUUAUGACAAAUACACCCUGCUCUCCAGUGUCA